GAUGGAUGUGUUGACAGCCCUGUUGACACCCAACCCUGAUGGCUGUGAGUGUUUCGAGCCAAAUCCCUUUAAACCGGAGAAAUGCAAGAAUUGCGGAAGAGUGUGGACGGAGCACGCAGGAGUGAUUUCGGAGGCUCACCUGAAAGUCUUUCUCCAGCAGAGACAGAAGUCCCAAGAGGACAAAGACAAAAAGGAGGCCGAAGCAAAGCAGGCCGCGGCCGCCAAGAAGUCGGCCAAGAAAAGAGCAAGCCAGGCGGUGGAAGACGACUGGCUUUUCGGUGCAGACAAGGAUGAGCCUGAAAAGAACGACGAGGAGUCCGAUGAUGAUCUCGGCUUCCGGAUGUUUUCUGCAGCAGACUUCGUCACCUCGGACCCUGGCCCCGUAGGCUCUAUGAUAGAGCCCAACAGGCAGCUCAAGGUGGUCAACCUGAUUGACUGGGGGGAGUGUGACGUCGCCCAGGAGCUUUCCGGAGCUGGUGAGGCAACGGGCAGCUCAGCGAGCACGAUGGCACCGCCUGUAGAGGUUCGGCAAACGCUUCCGGAUCCACGUGCAGGAGGUGAUUCACAUUUUCAGGAAUCCUUCGGUUCCACUCCUAACCUGGUACCCCUGUCUGGCAACCAGGAUCUCGUGACAGAGAUCCAGCAUUUGAAGCAAAUGCUUGCUGAUGCAAACGAAGAGAAGGACAUCCAGGUUGCCAUCGUUCGCGAUGAAGUCCAGGAAAAGGAGCAGGAAAUUCAAGCGCUGCUUCGCCAGAAGAACGAGACCGAGGCGCUCCUUCGAGAAGCACGUCAAAAGAUUGAAAGUGAAGCAUCGCAGCCAGCAGCUGCAUCAUCGCCGGAGCAGCUGGCAGAGGUCCAGCAACUCCGAGCCCAGGUUGCUGAAGCUGAGGCCAAGCUAGAGGCCCGCGAAGCGCAGGAGGCGGCCGUCAGUGCCGAGGUCCAGCAGCUGCGAGCGCGGGUUGCUGAAUCUGAGGCCGAAGCGGAGGGCAGAACGCCGCCGCCUGACCAAAGCAGUGAGGUCUUGCAGCUCAGAGCCCGCGCAGAUGAGGCUGAAGCCCUUCUCAAGGCCCGCGAAGCGCAGGAGGCGGCCGUCAGUGCCGAGGUCCAGCAGCUGCGAGCGCGGGUUGCUGAAUCUGAGGCCGAAGCGGAGGGCAGAACGCCGCCGCCUGACCAAAGCAGUGAGGUCUUGCAGCUCAGAGCCCGCGCUGAUGAGGCUGAAGCCCUUCUCAAGGCUCUGCGGCAGCGAGAUCCGACGGCACACCCUGAGGCCGGCAACAGCGAUGGAACAUCGCUUGAUCAUAGCAUUGAGGUAGAGCAACUUAAAGCGCGCGCCUCCCAAGCGGAAGAACGACUGGAGGCGUUGCAGAAAGACACCGCAUCCAGUGAAGAGUUGGAACCGCUCCGAGCACGUGCUGCUCAAGCCGAAACGCAGCUUCAGGCAGCCACCUUGGAAAGCCAAGCCAAGCAGGCGGAGCUGGAGGCGUGGCAGCAGAAACACGCAGCCUCAAGCGCAGAGGUGGUUCAGCUCAGAACCCGACUAGCGGAGGUUGAAGAAGAGCUAAAGGCCCUCCAGCACAGUGCAGCGGCACCAGUCCAGCAUGCAGAGGAUGCCCAAGCUGCCAAGGCUUUGCGCGAUGUCCGCAUGCAUGCUGAACAGCAGCUUGCGUGGAUCUUGCAGCGAAUGGGCGUUACUCAUCAAGCUGCAGAGUUACAGAAGGUUGGAGCGAAUGCUCCCUGCGUGUGA